CACACUUCCGAUGGAGAGUUGGGUGCGUUCGGGUUAAUGAUGAUACCUUUAUUGGUGGAUUUUGCCACUCCUCUUUCAAAUACUCUAAUAGUCUUGUCGUCUUUGCAUUAUCUCUUGUGAUGUAGUGGCUGUCACGUUCAGUCUCGGCGCCGAUUUUCGCAAUUCCCAAAUCUAUUCGGGAAAUGGUGAAGGGAGAGGUGURGCAAAAGUUUGUAAGUGCAAUGCUUGAAACUGACGUGGUUACAAGGGCAAUAUGGUUCCCCAUGUCGUAUCUUUUCUUACCAUUCUUCCUUGCGUGGGUUGUGUGUAUUCUGUCUAUCUUCUUCACAAAAGGCAUUCGAGUUGCCUUGAUGUCGGAUUUCGAURCCACCCAAGAUGGUUCAGAGGUUGUAUCGUAUGUGGACGCACAAUUGACGGURAACAUUGAUGACACAGGGACCUUUGGCACCUUUCAACAAGGGGUCGAACUUCUUUCAUCCACAAAAKUGAUGCAGACGGAGACCAUUCAAAACAAUGUGCCCGUUGAGGCGUUCUUGUGUGGUACUAAAGACGUCAAUGACGGGAGACCAAUAGUUGAAAMGUACAAGAUUGGUCAAGACUUCAAAAUAUGUGUUCGUCCAACCUCAGCGAAUCCAGACUAUAAUGUUGUGGGUUUCAGGAACGUCUUCUGCGGCAUCGAAGCCGACGGUACUAGCGGCGGAAUCGAGCUAGUAGAUGAGAGUGGAGACCUAACAAGUGAUCUGUCCAUCGUUACUUUGGAUGUUGAAGAGAGCAUGGAUAAGGAUGGGAAUCCAAUGGGAGGUUCUGCGGGAGCAUUUAAGAGUGUAGUCACUGCAUCUUAUUUUGAUGAUGCGGCAGACUCUUUCCAAUGCACUGGCGAAGCUGUUUUAGAGUACGUGGACCCUGGACAAACCUGUGACUUAAGGGUGGAAUAUCCCUUUCAACUGAACGACUCAAACGAUAAGUAUGCUCAGAUGGCGUUUUGUGUCAAAGGUAGUAGCAGUGCAAGCAUAUUCAUACAAAAAGAUGGUAGCAAUGAAUAUAGCGUUCCCGGUGCYGGUUACAAGAACGUUGGGCCGAUUCAGCCAACAGAUAAGUAUACCGAAAUAMAUGGCUUAUUAGGCAUGUAURAUCCAGAUAUGSYCCAAAGAUGUUUGGGCCCCGAUGGGGACUUUUUGAGAUWCAAGUCGGACACCGUGAGUUGGUUUGUUGUCUGUGGAUGGUGGUUUUUGUGCAAAAUGCAUACAUCUGCACUCACUUUUUUUCUUUGUGACUAAUAUGACUGGCAUACCGGUACAACGGCAAUCUUGGACRAAGUUGAAGUACGACGACGACCCUGAUGUUCUAAAGAAGUUUCGAGUUGUCGUUCAAGCGAAAACAGCUUUCCCCGUGACUAUGUGUGUUUACGCUUUAAAGGCAUCAAAUAAACCGAGCCAUUAUGAAGCCAAAUAUCCUUUCGAUCAGUCCGGCUGGACCAAGACAACAAGCAAUGAGUUUCCUGAAGGAGUUAUGUUCGCUGGUAAUCAGCACUAUGAGUACUGCAGGACUCUGAGUACAGCUUCUGAGUGUACCACGGUGAGCCGCCGUUUGACCGCUAGUUUCUCGUCCAGAACUCGUGGCCUCCAGGAAGGAUCKCCCGAGGAGCCUGGGAUUGGUUCCUUUGUCACUAAUGUCGGUCUCUCCUCGGAAGGUCGCGAUAGCGAUAUUGAUUACGGCCUCACCGCUCCCGCACACAAUGCUGAUUUCGGAAAAGAUUUUGUUGUUGCGGUUGCUGCUGCCAUGGGUGCCGUUGCAGUGGCUGCUAUUUAAUAGCACGGGCAAAAUCGUGCGUUGAUUCGAUGGCUCCCAUCGGAGGCGACCAUCAGCGUGGAUACAAUUGGAGAACAUUGUUACUAAGUGAAGAUAAGUUUGAUCAACGAAAAGUGAUUACAGUACAUUUUGAGAAGUACUUCUACGAACGUACUGGUAUAUAAUUGAGGAGUUGCGUAGCGAAAUACUGAAAAGCAAAAAAAUAAAUAUUAAAGAAGUAGUUAUAAC